UAGGCGCGGUGACGUGAGCUUCUGCGAAAAUUCGAAAAGUUUUUCAAAUAUUUUGGUAAACACCUCGAUGUGAUACUUUCACAAAGACUAUUUUUUAUUUUUAUUUUUCAUUGAUUGGCUUCUUGAGAAUUUUACAUUGUUUGCACCAUGCAGCAUGAUCGAACUUUUCUCGGGCUUUAUUGUAGAGCGCUAAGUAUUAUUGUUUAAAACGAAGUUCUACACAGUGUUUGAAGUAAAAAAGUGUUCAAGAAAUGUUGACAAAAAGUUCAUCGUUGUUCAAACUGGCGGUGAUGGAGAGAGCUCUAUAACGGAGGGGCUGAGAACCGCCCUCGCCCGACUGCGACAGAGAUCAACUCCCCCUGCUAGCCAGACAUCCCCAUUGCACCAACCUUCUCAUUGCAUAGCCUCCGAGAGCUGCUCCUCAGGCAGCACGAGCAACAGCCACUGCCCUUCUAGCCCGCGCCCUAAAAUGACCGUCAAUUCGCAGUCGGGCCCUAGAUCUCCCCGACCUCCCGACGACCUCAUUAGCACUGCCACCUCUGCCCUCCGACGCCUUCAUUUUAAAACUGGAAGGAACGCAACCAAAAACUCCACCAAGCAGCCUGUACCAAAAGUAAUAGUAAUGGGCUCAAGUACUGCUUCUGAGACUACCAUUAAUACCAGCACAGACAGCUCUAAUACCAUCGUAACAACAGUAACAGCGACUGAUGGGGACAUAACGGAGGACAGUUUGGACCACACUGAAGCAAUAGAUUAUUUUAAUUCAGAAAAUGCAGAUGGUAACAAAAUCCUCCAACCAGUUCCUUUAUCACCCAAAACACCAAUUACUGCAAAACAACAAACACCUCCCACUGCUAAGCAAGAAACCAGAUUUAAUUUUGAUGUUGAAACACCCAAAGCUGUUCUAUCAAAAGAAGAAAACAAGUUUGUUUUUGAAUCACAAGAAACCAGCAACCUUCAGGAGAAAACUGUUGAGAAACUGAUGGAAGAGCAGAUUGAAGCUUUGAAAAUGGAAGCUCGCCGGCGGAAUAGUUACAAACAAGCGGCACAGAACGAUUUUGAAAAGAUGUCAAUUGAUCCACCUGAAGAGAAGCCACACCCGAAGGACUUCAGGAGGAGUUACCGAGCGGCUCAAAACGACAUGGAGAAGAUGAUGGUAGAUAAAACAAGUCCCAAGGAGCAUAGAAGAAGUGUGAGGAAAAGACUGGAGGUGGAGGGCAAGGAGAAGCCUGAAAGAACCUCUCCAAAGCGUCGAGCCGAGAGAACUUUGAACUCUUCACCGGAAACCAACGACGACUCCCCUAAGCCCAAACACCGGCACAAAAAGGCCAGUAGACGCCACCAAUCGCCCAACAAACAAAGAGAAAAGUUCAGCUACGACGAGAAGCAUAUUGCUAAGUAUCGAGAAAAGGCUCGAAUGACCCCGCCUUUACCAGACCUCCGCGUAGACUUCUUCAACGAAGCGGUGGAUGCUUGCCAACUAGAUUCGUUGCAUGUUUCCGGCGAAAAGCGCGGCAGCGUGUGUCUCAACAAAUGUUUACGAGAAGUGGGGGCUCAGCUAGAAGCAUCUGCCACAUCACCUAUAAAUGUAACUACUAAUCCUUUGGAAAAUUCAGUACACUUUGGUGGCCGAAAAGCUCCGCAAGCUACUAUCGUCGUUCAACAGCCGUCACUCAGUUUGGAUCACUCGAAUGUCUCGACGAUCCUGCUGAAGAACGGAAGUGAAUUUGUGUCGAACGUAGAAAGUGCCGGAAAUAAGUUGAGUUUCAAGAGACAGAAAGAAGAAAACAUGAAGCAGCUACUGGAUGUUGCUAAUAAUUUAACACUAGAAGAAAUUCACGAUUUUGAGAUGAGGUACGGUAGCCCUCAUCACAAUCGAUCUCAAUCCGUAAAAACUCCAGGCCGGUCUUCUGGUAGACCGAAUUAUCUCUGUUUGCCACAGCAAAGGUCUAGAGUGGCGUCGAUGCCCAACACGGGUGUUGAAGAGGAGUAUUAUCGCCUACGACACUUCUCAAUCACUGGAAAAGGCGUCGUCAAUAGGGGAGACAGUUUGAAAAGCCGCAGAUCUAGGUCCAACAAUUCGGUCGCUUCCAGCAAUUCGAGCACAGAGCAACUUCCGGGAGCGGUGUCAACGGCUGGAUCGGCACGCACGUCCGCUUCCUGCAGCCUGGCGUCCUCACGGGAGUCGUCCACCAGCGCCCCUGGUCCCACCCCAUACAAGGUGCUGAUGUUGGGGGGUCCAGCCGUGGGCAAAUCCUCUUUAGUCUCCCAGUUUAUGACUUCCGAGUAUCUUCACGCUUAUGACACUAGCAUAGAUGACGAAAGCGGCGAAAAAUCUGUGUCCGUUCUGUUGGCCGGUGAGGAAUCCGAACUUACUUUUAUAGAUUUUGCGACAGCUGACUUAUCGCCGGACAGUUGUAUAAAUAAAUACACGGAUCCUCACGCAUACUGUGUGGUAUAUUCAAGUGCAGACCGCUCGAGUCUUGCUUGUGCGGAAAAAAUCCUGCAGACUUUAUGGACACUGGACACCAUCAGCACAAAGGCCGUCAUUCUAGUCGCAAAUAAAGCUGAUCUUGUUAGGUCGAAAGUCGUCUCGACUGAAGAGGGAAAAUCGAUGGCAACAGCUUACGAUUGCAAGUACAUAGAGACAUCUGUAGGCAUCAAUCACAACGUAGACGAGUUGCUGGUAGGAAUCCUCACUCAAAUCCGCUUAAAAUUGGAGAACCCAGAGAGAUCAAGGGAUCUGUUCCGCAAAAGAAGCUCGUCGAAGAAGAAUUUAAAUAGGAACAGAUCGCCGGUUUCUGGUACGGGAACGCCGACGGGAAGUGCCGCCAAUUCGCCGAAGAAGUACAGAGGCUCUCGCACCUCAGCCAGUUUAAAAGUCCGAAAUUUGUUGGGGAAAGUAUGGGCGAGGGACAGCAAAUCCAAAUCUUGUGAAAAUUUGCACGUCUUGUAAUUCUCUUUUAGUUAAGUCCACGUGCUGAAAGUACAAUUCCAAUUGUGAUUUUUUUCGAGAUUAGUUGAGAUUAGUUUUAGAUGCACAAUUUUUAUACAUUUUUUGACCAUACUUAUACCUAUUUCUAAGUCAUUAUUUUAUAUUUAUAUUAAUGUAAAAUAUACUUGUUUUAUAAAAUCAUACAUUUCAUUUUAACUGUCUCUAACACUAACAUUUUCCAAAACAUAUCGAAUCUAAGUUCUGACGCCCGAAACAUUUUAGUGGGUCCACGCAAGCAAACACCAAAAAUAGUAUGGCCAAACUGUGACUUAAAGUCCCGGAGUUUGGAGUAAAAUCUUUAUUUUAGUCGUUUGUCCUUGUCAUUUUUUUGAUGAUUUGCGGAAUUAAUCAAACUGGGUCCAUACUGUAGCAAGUAAUUAGGUAGAUAGGUGUAAAAUAUUUGUAGAAAGUGUAAACUAUUAAUUAAAGUAAAAUUUUUGAAUUUGUACUUUACUGAGCAAGGUGAAGCUUUAAAAUGCGAGAAUUUAUUAGUUCGUAAUGACAAUUCAGUUUUGUUUAACACAGGGUGUUAACAUUUAGAUGCAAAUGAACAAGAUAACGUAUACAGUCUGGUCCAAAAUACAUUGUUUUAUUACGAAGAGAGUGCGAGUGAGCAUGGCUGGAAUCAGUUCAUAUCAAACUUUAUAGCAGCUAUGUAAUAUAUCAUAUUGCUACAUCACGCAUGUACCAUUUGCUCAUUUUGGAUCGGUCUGUACCUAACAAUGUAUAUAGAAUAUUUUUACGGAGUUGGAAAUAAUUAUGAAUGUAAAUUCAGUAUUAGAUGUAAUUUUUGUUUCAGGCCAUGUAUAAAAGUAUUUUUGUCUUAACAAAUUUGAUUAUGAUAUUUAAUGAGAAAUAUGUAAAUGUGAAUAAAUUCGAUUUAUAUUUCAUUGUAAAACUUUAACCCUUUGCGCACUAAACCACAAAUAAAUUUGCAUGGUAAUUGUAACUUGGACUUGUUUCAUAUACGAAAAUAUUUUUAUACAUUGAUCAAAAUUUCAUUGCCGAAUCAGAUAGCUCAAUUAUUUAAAAUCAAAAUAAAUUUUAGAAAAUUUGACCAAUUUUAUUUGUGCCUUUGUAUAGGCUUGGUUAGAGGACAAAAGCAUUAGAAGGACUGAAUUUUGAACAAACAUAUAUUCCAUAUCCCUUUAUAUGUUGAUUAAAAUAACGCAUUAAUAUAAUCAGUAUUCGUUACUAAAUAGUACAUACAAAUAAAUAUAUUAUACGUGUCUUUUGAAUUUUCAAACAGUGUGGUAUCUUCCAUUUUUAAAAGUAUGUCGUUUAAAUGUUUAGCAGCUAAGAUAUCUUUGUUUCUCUUAUAAUAAGUGCCAAUCUCUCUUUUUUGUUGUUGUAUAAUUUAUUCGGUAAGUGUUGAUUUAGUUUAGGUGUUAGCAUAAUGGAAUCCAUUAUUACAAUCUCAGAUUAGAAUGAUUCAUUCCAUUAGCUUAAUUUUCAUGUUCGGACAACCGGGUAAAAUUAUUAGACAAUGUAGUUUACGUUUUAAUUUUUUCCAUUCAAAUUUGAAUUGCUUUAUUUUGUUUCCGGCAUUUAUUGUUAACAAAUUUAUGAAAUAUGUUUAGUACGAUAGGAACUUAGUUAAAUCGUAAUGUGUUAUUGUAGUCACAGUUAUAGAAAGAAACAUAAUGCACAAGUUGGAAUUUUGAAG